AUUUUUAACACCAGCUGAAAAAUUCGUGCUCUCUAGAAUGAAAAUCAGAAUCGAAACCCUCCGACGAGACGCCAUCAUCGAUAAGCUAGCUUUUCAAUGGCACUAUAACGAACGAAUUAAAUUGUAGGGUGUCUUUUGUUUUCAUCGAAAUCAAAUUUUUACCUUCAAACUCUGCAAAAAAUAAACAAUUCUUUCUUAUUCCGGUGAAGCAAAAUGGAUGAUGGUACGGCUACUACUGCAGAUUCAUCUUCAUUGUUGAAGAACCCAACAGUAUCAGAACACACCCUUCAGUUACUCGUCACUGCUUCCGACACUUCUUCGUUGGAAAACUCCCUUGAAUCUCUCACAGAGACUGCAAAAUCCCACGGUGGUCGUUCAGAACUUGCUUCCAAAAAGGUCCUCGCUGCAGUUCUAGACGUACUUGAACACCAUAAUCAUAAUCAUGAUAUUAUUGCUCUGUGUUUCAAGCUCCUUCGAAACCUGUGUGCUGGGGACAUUGAAAAUCAGAACUCGUUUAUUGGGCACAAUGGGGUGGCUGUUGUUUCAGAUAUUUUGAGGUCAGAGGUUGGUUCUUCUUCUUAUUCUUUGGGUUUGGUUCGUUGGGGAAUUCAGGUUCUGGCGAAUGUUUGUCUUGCUGGGAGAGAACACCAGCGUGCUGUUUGGGAAAAGUUGUAUCCAGAAGGGUUUGUUUUGCUUGCUAGAGUUAGUAGCAAAGAGACUUGUGACCCUUUGUGUAUGGUGAUUUAUACUUGUUGUGAUGGGAAUCCUGAAUGGUUUCAAAUUCUGUCAAGUUAUGAUGGGUGGCCUGUAAUGGCAGCAAUUGUGAGAACUGCUUCUUCUGCUGGUUUUGCUGAGGAUUGGCUAAAGUUGCUUCUUUCAAGAAUCUGCCUCGAAGAAUCUCAAUUGCCUGUGUUAUUUCCUAAAUUACAGUAUGUGGAUGAUCCUUUGGGUGAAGAAGAUACCGAGUCCAAGGAUGGUCAGUUUUCCUCUGAACAAGCUUUCCUUCUGCGAAUCCUAUCGGAAAUCUUAAGUGAGCGGCUAGAAGAUGUUACUAUCUCAACAGAUACUGCAUUGUUUGUUUAUGGAAUAUUCAAGAAGUCUAUUCGGAUUCUCGAACAUGCAGGGAGAGGCAAUUCUGGUCUUCCUAGUGGCUCUCCCGAAGUUGAUAUUCUCGGCUACUCGCUCACAAUACUGAGGGACAUUUGUGCUCAAGAUAAUGCGAGAGGUAACAGGGAUGAUGCAGAGAGUGUUGUUGAUGUGCUAUUCUCUUAUGGCUUCAUAGAGUUGCUUUUGUCUUUGCUUAGAGAUCUUGAGCCACCAACAACAAUCCGGAAAGUAAUGAAGCAAUUUGAGAAUCAAGAUGGUAUUGGUGCUAGUAGUAGUUCUUUAAAACCAUGUCCUUACAGAGGGUUCAGGCGAGACAUUGUUGCAGUUAUUGGAAAUUGCACAUAUAGAAGGAAGCACGCACAAAAUGAAAUCCGGCAGCAGAAUGGGAUUCUGCUGCUAUUGCAGCAGUGUGUUAUUGACGAAGACAAUCCUUUCUUGAAAGAAUGGGGCAUAUGGUGUGUAAGGAAUAUGUUGGAGGGCAAUGAAGAGAACCGAAGGGUAGUUGAGCAGUUGGAGUAUCAGGGAACUGCCGAAGUCCCGGAGCUUGCAGCCCUUGGUCUUCGAGUGGAGGUUGAUCGGAGUACUAUGCGCGCAAAACUUGUAAAUGUAACAUGAAGUAUCUUGAGAAAAUGGAGACACAGUUUUUAGGAUAAUAGCAAAGGCCUUGCUCCUUGUUUCAUUUAAUGAAUUGGAACUGUUUUGGUUAUAUUGAUUAGUAUAGGAAAUAAAGAUGCUAGAGAUUUUUCUAAUGUGAUGAGUUCUGGUUUCUAAUUCAA